AGAGGGGGCAGCCGGCCCGGGGCAGGCAGAGCAGGACAGGGACGGAGCAGGCUGCGGAGGAUGCUCGGGAAGGAGCCAGGGAGCAGCAGGCAGAGCACUCCGGGCUCUCCACAUCUCCGGAUGAAGGCAGGAUGAGCAGUCCCCAGGGACACCCAGGCGGGGUUUUGGCCAGGAGCGAGCAGAGCGUGGAGCAGGUCAGCCAGGAGCCAGGCAGGGCCGUGCAGGAACAGGAUGUGCACCCUGGGGACAGUGACAGGACUAAAGAAGAUGCAGAAACCCUGGAGGAGCCGCUGCUGAGUCUCUCCAGUGAGCUCUCAGUGCUGGACAGACUUGGCUUGCACAGGGUGGCUUUGACAGAGCAGGACCUGGAGGCAGCCUUUGCCCACCUCGCCCUGGCUUUUCGCUGCGACACGUUCACCCUGCAGCAGCGGGUGCAGGUGGAGAAACGGGCACGGGACGCAGCAGAGGAAAACAUCCAGGAGGAGCUGGGGCAGUGCCGAGCUGCCCUGGAGAGGCUGGGCCGAUCCUGUGCCAAUGCAGGCUGCAAGGAGACGCUGGAGCAGCUGCAGCACAACCUGGCCGUGCUGUCAGCUGCUGUUGAGCGGGCAACCAGCGCUGCAGAGAAGCUGGGGGCUGUACACCAGGAGGCCCGGAUGAGCCGAGCAGCAGAGGUGAUGGUGCAGCACGUGGAGAACCUGAAGCGGCACCACCUGCGGGAGCACGCGGAGCUGGAGGAGAUGAAGCGCCUGAUCCAGCAGAACUCCCGCAACCGGCAGCUGGCGGAGACCCAGGAUGAUGUGGAGCCACGGCUGAGACCUCACCCCCUGAAGAGAACUUUCCAGCAGGGGUCAGCCCGCCGCAGAGUCAGCAUCGCCGUCAUCCCCAAGCAGCUCCUGCCAGGUGCCAGCCCUGAGAGCCGAGCAGCCCCAGCAGGUGACCCGGAGCCAGAGGGGGCCCAGCGCUGGCCCAGCAGCCACAGGAGUGAACUGGAGCCACAGGACAGCGCUGUGACUGGGAAGCUGGUGGCAGAGGCAGAUGGCAGAGGCUCAAGCGCAGGGGACGAGGAGCCGGAGCAGCUCAGGCUGACGUCCAAGGGGUCAGCAGCGGAGCUGUGGCGUCCGUGGCUCUUCUUCCCACAGCACUACUGGGUUUUCUUCUGGCUGCUUCUCCUGAGCAUCGCCUUUCUCCUCCUCAUCCGUGUCCUGGAGCUGCAGAGGCUGCAGUCUGCAGCAUCAUCCAAGGCCUAGCUGGGCAGAGGAGGGGGAGCUGAGAGGCAUUUCUGCUCCUUCCCCACGUCCUGAAAUACCAAAACUCUAGAACAAUAAAAUGGGAAGAAAAAUGGGGGAAUUGUAAUGACGGAGCAGGGGGUAGGAUUUCAGGCAGGAUCUGUGGUAGGAUCUAAGGUUUGGUUGGCACCUGCAUAUAAUCACGAAGGCUUCAGGGAGCAGCAGAAGCUCUCACUGAUGCUGUGAGUUGCCUGUUCUCAGUACAUCAAGGGGUGCAGGUGUGCUCCACACAUCCCCUAUGCUGGGGACAGCUCGGGCUGCCCACGGCUGUGGGUUUGCUUUAGAGCUGCAUCCCCCAGUGCCACCACAAUGCCCUCAGUCCCUGUAAUAACUCACAUCUAAUGCUGCUGUGCUGCUGCCCGGGGGACAGUGCUGAGGCUGGCAGGUCUGUGAUCAGCCUUUCCCGCGGCACCACAAAGUGCUCACAAACAGAGGGAGCUGUUUCCGACCGCCUGGGAAAAGCGCUUGGUUUGACACAGACUCCCCGUUUCCGUGUCCGCCCCAGCCCCCGCAGCCCCGAA